AUGGGCAGGAGCAAGGGCAAAGUGCCCCAGCACCCGGCGAGACCCGGGAGGCCGGCGUCGGGGGAGCAGGGGUCCGGGUCGGCCAGCGCGGACGGCGCGCCCGGUCGGGAACGACGACCCGGCCGCGACAAGGCUCACCUGGCGAAACCAGACACGGAGCCCGACACCGACGGAGGCCAGGGGACCGCUGGUGGCCGCAGGGAGCUCACCGGUGAAGGGAAUGGAGACGGCAGACGGCCAAGGGCUGGGUCGCCACUGGAGGCCCAGGAGAGACGCAGCACGCGGCGUCGGGGACGCGGGCCCAAGGAGAGCGGCGAGCCCGGGGACAGCCGUGGGGGGCCCCUGGGAGAGGAAAGCCUGCCCCGAGGAGAAGGGCGGACAGGCGAGCGCAGUCAACGCAGAAGAAAAGGAAAAGAUCGGGGACCCUCAGCCCGAAGGAGCCGCCGACAGACCCGGAGCCUCGAUGGGGACACAUCGGGCGGGGACGGAGGCAGCUCCUGCCCGGACAGCGAAGCCCGCGCGGCCCAGGAGAGCGGUAGCCAGAGCGGCGGGACCCCGGAGCUGCGGCCCAAGCGGGAGCCAAGGGACACGGGCUCAGAAGAGACCCCAAGCGGCCUGGGGUCAGCGCCGGAGCCGGGCGAGCGCCCGAGCAGCGACGAGCCCCAGGCUGAGCCCCAGUGCUGGGAAGGGUCGUCGGCGGCGGGGCCCCAAAGAGCGACUGAGGACUCGGGGACAGACACAGACUCGAGUCCAGAGAGGGCCGGGCCUGGACGAGGCCCACGGGCAGCCCCGGGCACGGCGAGCCGGGACUCUGCAGCCCAAGAGGCCGAGGCGGGUGGAAAAGCCACGGCCUCCAGCUCGCUCACGAGCAGCCGCGCGCGCGUCCCCGGGGGCUCGACGGCUCCUCGGGACACCAGGCCGGCCCGGGAAGCGAGGGACAGCGGGGCGCAGCUGGAGGAGACACGGGGAGCCCGGCCUCAAACAGCCGAGGCCUCGACGGCCCGGGCGCGGCGCCGCCAGGUCGGAAAAGCGGCGGGGAAGGUGCAAAUGGCGGCGGGCGAGAGCGAAGCGGGGGCCGGAGGGGCAGAUGGGGGGGACCCAGCGCCUCUGGCCACCCUCGUGGAGUUCCGCGGGCCGCGAGUGAGGCCCCCGCCGGGUCGACCCCAGGCCGCGGGUCCCCGCCGCGCCGACCUCAAGGAGCGGCUCCUGCGCGUGCUGCGGGCACUGAGCUUUCUGCGGUGGCUGCGGCUGCUGCUCAGGUCACCCCCCGGCCAGGGGCGGGGGGAGGGCGAGGGGCGGGGCCGCGGAGGAGCCGGUGAGGGGCGGGGCCUCGGGAGAGCCGGAGAGGGGCGGGGCCUCGGGCCCGCGCUGCGGCGCCGUCUAGCGUUGCGCCUGGCGGGCUUAGCGCGGCUCGGAGGACGGCUGAGCGCCCCCCCUGGCGGCGGAUGGAGCCCUCCGCAGGCCCUGAAAAGCUCGGUCCCCGACGACCUUCCCGACGAGGAGGACCCGACUCCAGAUCCCAAGUUCGAGGUCGUGUUCCCCAGGAUCCACAGGGCGGGGAGGGCGCCAAGCAGCCGGAGCUCAGCAGAAGUUUCCGCGGACGCCGCCACCGGGGAGGGCUGCAUUUGGCCUCGUGCAGGGGUUGCGGGGGACAGUGAGGGGCACAGGGCGAGUGGGGAAGAGGUGGCCAGGCCCUGCCGCGGCUCCCUCGCUCCUACUCCUGCUGACGGGUCCCCACUCGACGAGAGCGACUCCAGCAGCGAAGCGGAGCCAGGGACUUUGGAAGCCGAGACCCCGGUGCACUGGGCUCAGGGCUCCGGCCCCCGCGAGGACCGUGCACUUGGCACCGACGUGCUGCUCCCCCGACUCACCUUGGAGACCCGCCUGCCGGGGGAGAGGAGCCCGGGCCCUUGCGGGUCCUCGAGGGAGCGGUGGGAGCCCGAGGAUGAGGCCGAGGCUGCGCUGGAGAGGGACCUGGACCUCAGCCUCGGGCCGGGCCUGGAGGUGCCGUCCUUCCCUGGUGCUGAGGGCAGGAGUCUCGGAGAAGGCCUGGAAGACACCGAGGACCUGGCCCGACUGCGGCUGGUGUGUGACAGCUCUGUGCUGCUGUGCCUCAAGAGGAGGUUCCACCUGGGCCGCAUCUACACCUUUGGGGGGCCCCUGAUGCUCGCUCUGAACCCCCACAAGCCCCUGCCUCUCUUCUCACCUGAGGUCCUGGCCAGCUACCACCCCAGGAAGGCCCAAAACACCAGCCCACACAUCUUUGCCAUUGUGGCAUCAGCUUAUAGCCUGUCUCAGAGCACUGGGCAGGACCCCUGCAUCCUCCUGGGUGGGCACAGUGGCUCAGGGAAGACAGAAGCUGCCAAGAAGAUCAUACAGUUCCUAAGCAGCCUGGAGCAGGAGCAGACACAGGACAGAGGAUGUCAGCUGGAUAAUGUGCUGCCCGUGCUUAGCAGCUUUGGCCACGCCAAGACCAUCCUCAAUGCCAACGCCAGCCGCUUCGGCCAGGUCUUCUGCUUCUGGCUGCAGCAAGGGGUCAUUGUGGGAGCCUCUGUGUCACAUUAUCUACUUGAGACCUCAAGGGUGGUGUUUCAGGUAAGAGCCAUCCUGCUGCCCACCCCUUUCAGCCCCCAGAGUGGGAAAGAGGGAGGGAACCACUGUAGGGGGCUGUGGCCCCUAAGCCCCCAGGCCACUGCUUCCCCUAAGCCAGUCCCUCUCCCUAAGGCCCAGUCCGAACGGAGCUUCCAUAUUUUUUAUGAGUUGCUGGCAGGGCUCGACCCCAUGGAGCAGGAGCAGCUGUCUCUGCAGGGACCAGAGACCUACUUCUACCUCAACCAGGGCCGGGCCUGCAGACUGCAGGGUAAGGACGAUGCCCAGGACUUCACACUGCUGGUGCAGGCCCUGCAGAUGCUGGGCUUGGGCCCCGAGGAGUUGACCACAGUGUGGGCCGUGUUGGCCGCCAUCCUGCAGCUGGGCAACAUCUGCUUCUGCCCUUCCGAGUGGGAGUCCAAGGAGGUGGCUGCUGUAUCCAGCUGGGUUGAGAUCCACACAGCAGCUCGGCUGCUGAAGGUACCACCAGAGCGCUUGGAGGGAGCUGUCACCAGGAGGGUCCUGGAGACACCCUAUGGCCGGGUCUUGCGAUCCCUGCCCGUGGAAAGUGCCAUUGAUGCCAGGGAUGCCCUGGCCAAGGCUCUCUACUCACAACUCUUCAACUGGCUUCUAAGGAGGACCAACGCGCAUCUGGCACCACCUGAGGAGGGAGACAGCGUGGGCACCAUCACUGUGGCUGAUGUCUACGGCUUUGAGGCGCUGCGGGUGAAUGGCCUGGAGCAACUGUGCAACAACCUCGCCAGCGAGCGCCUGCAGCUCUUCUCCAGCCAGCUGCUGCUGGCCCAGGAGCAGGAGGAGUGUCAGCGGGAGUUGCUGCCCUGGGUGCCUGUCCCCCCAUCUCCAAGGGAGUCCUGCCUAGACCUCCUGGUAGACCAGCCCCACAGUCUCCUGAGGAUCCUGGAUGCCCAGACAUGGCUGUCCCAGGCCACAGACCACACCUUCCUCCAGAAGUGCCACUACCACCAUGGUGAUCACCCAAGCUAUGCCAAGCCCCAGCUGCCCCUGCCCAUCUUCACAGUGCGGCACUACGCCGGGACCGUCACCUACCAGGUUCACAAGUUUUUGAACAGAAACCGGGAUCAUCUGGAUCCUGCCGUGGUGGAGAUGCUUAGCCAGAGCCAGCUCCAGCUGGUGGGCAGCCUGUUCCAGGAAGCAGAGCCCCCACCCGGGGGAGGGCGAGGCAAGCCCACGCUGGCCUCUCGCUUCCAGCAGUCCCUGGGCAACCUCAUAGCCCAGCUGGGCAGGAGCCGCUUCUAUUUCAUCCAGUGCCUCAACCCCAACCCUGGAAAGCUUCCAGGCCUCUUUGACGUGGGACACGUGGCAGAGCAGCUGCACCAGGCGGGCAUCCUGGAGGUCAUAGGCACCCGCAGUGCCAGCUUCCCUGUGCGUUUGCCCUUCCAGGCUUUCCUGGCCAGGUUCCAGGCCCUGGGGACCGAGGGGCAGGAAGACCCCUCUGACCGGGAGAGGUGUGGUGCCAUCCUGAGCCAGGUGCUGGGGGCUGAGUCCCUGCUUUAUCACCUUGGAACCACCAAGGUCCUGCUGCGGGAGCAGGGCUGGCGGCAGCUGGAGCGGCUCUGUGCCCAGCAGCGCUCCCAGGCCCUGCUCACGCUGCACCGCCGCCUCCGUGCCUGCAUCUCCCGCCAGCACCUCCGCCUCCUGCCCCGAGUGCAGGCUCGUGUGCGUGGGCUCCAGGCCAGGAAGCGAUACCUCCGGCGGCGGGCAGCUCUGGGACAGCUGAGCACCAUCCUGCUGGUGGCCCGGCCCGUCCUCUGGAGACGGCAGAGACUGCAGCCUGGGCAUUGGUGUGGCUGGCACAGCGGCAGGGCCCUGGAGAGAGUGCCAGUCAUGGAGCUGGGGCGCUUGGAGAUCCCAGCCGAGCUGGCUGUCAUGCUGAGGACAGCGGAAGGCCAUCAGGACGCCCUGGCCAGGAGCAUUACCGAGUCCAUCCUCCCCGAAGUUUCUGUUCGGCCCAGCCUGACCCUCCCACCGGACAUUGACCGAUUCCCCUUCUCCAGCUUCGUCUCCACCAGCUUUCAGGAGCCAUCCUUGCCCAGCCUAGGGCAGCCACUGACCAAGCCCCUGACCCGCCUGGAGGGUGAGAACCCUCAGCAUGCCCUGGACAUCAACAAGGUGAUGCUGCGGCUCUUGGGGGACGGAUCCCUGCUGUCCUGGCAGAAACAGACCAUAGGCACAUACCUGGUGCGGCAGGGGCAGCGCCGGCCAGGGCUGCGGGACGAGAUCUUCUGCCAGUUGGUGGCCCAGCUCUGGCACAACCCGGAUGAGCAGCAGAGCCAGUGCGGUUGGGCCCUCAUGGCCACCCUGCUCAGUGCCUUCCCCCCAAUGCCUGCCCUGCAGAAGCCACUGCUCAAAUUUGUGUCUGACCAGGCCCCCAAAGGCAUGGCAGCGCUAUGCCAGCACAAGCUGCUGGGGGCCCUGGAGCAGACACAGCUGGCCCCUGGGGCCGCACGGACCCACCCACCCACCCAGCUCGAGUGGAUGGCCGGAUGGCGGCGGGGUCGCAUGGUGCUGGACGUCUUCACCUUCAACGAAGAGUGCUACUCAGCUGAGGUGGAGUCCUGGACCACAGGGGAGCAAUUUGCCGGGUGGAUCCUGCAGAGCAGAGGCCUGGAGGUGCCCCCCCGUGGCUGGUCCGUGUCACUGCACUCCGGGAACGCAUGGCAGGACUUGGCUGGCUGCGACUUUGUGCUGGACCUGAUCGGCCAGACUGAGGACCUGGGGGACCCAGCCAGUCCCCGCAGAUACCCUAUUGCCUUCCUGAGCUCAGCCGAAGACAUCCCCCCUGCCCCUGAUGUCCAGGCCCCCUCGCUGCCCCCAGGGUUCCCCCUAGGUCCAGUGCCAGUACUGCCCAGCAGAGGCCACACAGGUGAGGCCCGAAGGUUGGGGAGUCUGGAUGGCUUCCUGGACCACCUUUUCGAGCCAGUCUUCUCCCCGAGCCUUGGUGAUCUGGAACAAGGCAGGGCUCUGAGGGGCCGCAUGAAGGGAGGGGGAGCGAUCGGGCCUAUGCAGCAGGGCUACCCCAUGGUGUACCCAGGGAUGAUGCAGGUGCCUGGAUACCAGCCAGCCAUGGUGCCUGCACCCCUGCCCAUGAUGCCAGCCAUGGGCACAGUCCCCACCAUGCCAGCCAUGAUGGUGCCACCACAGCUGCAGCCACAGCUGCAACCCCUGCUUCCCAGCCUGGACACGAGGCAGCUGGCGGUCCAGCAGCAGAACUUCAUCAACCAGCAGGCGCUGCUCCUGGCCCAGCAGAUGACCACCCAGGCCAUGACCCUGUCCCUGGAGCAGCAGACCCAGCAGCGCCAGCGCCAAUCCCAGGCCCCCAGGGCUGCCUCCCAGGCUCUACCCUCAGCUAUGACUUCCAAGCCCAGGAAGCCCCCCGCCCCUCGGGAGGAGCCAGAGCGUGACGUGGAGUCAGUGGGUGCCUGCUUGAGGGAGACCUCAGAGGAGGCUGAAGACAGGCCCUGGUGGCCCAAGAGCUUCCAGCAGAAGCGGGACUAUUUCCAGAGGAUGGGCCAGGAGGAGAUCAAGGUGAAGGUGGUGAAGCCUCCGGCCAAGGUUCAGAUGCCCCGGGGGGAGGAGCCGGAGGAGCAAGAAGAGGAAACGAGAGCAGUGCUGUCCCCUCCUCCUCCCCCAGUGGUGAAGAAGCCCUGGAAAGGAGGCGAGGUCAGAGCUGCAAAAGAAGCCAAAGCUGAGCCCACCGGGGAGGCAGGGCCUGGUCCUGGUCGAGGGCCAGCCCAGGGUAGGGGGCCCGUGGUGCGCAGCUUGGAUCCCACGUCCCAGCGGCCAGAACCCAGCAGGGAAAUUCGCAACAUCAUCCGCAUGUACCAGAGCCGCCCAUCCCCUGUCCCUGUGCCUGUGCAGCCAUCCAGGCCCCCCAAAUCUUUCCUGAGGAAAUAUGAUCCUAAGGACGAGGCUCUGGCCAAGCUGGGGAUCAACGGUGCCCACUCCCCGCCUCCGACACUGUCCCCCAGCCCAGGGAAGGGCCUCCCACCAGCUGUGGCUCCUCGACCCAAGGCCCCACCACAGCUUGGGCCCUCCAGCUCCAUCAAGGAAAAGCAGGAGCCCCUUCGGGACCUGUUUGGCCAGAACCCGCCCACUGCCCAGGCACCCGCACCUCCACCGGCACCCCCACUGCCUCUGCCUGAGGACCCAGGGACCCCUUCAGCUGAACCUCGAGGCUUGAUGGAGCCCAUGGGGGACAAGGGGCUCUCUACCCAGCUACUUGCAUCCUCUGCUAGCGUGUGCUUCUCCUACGCCAGCGCACCCUGGAAGUUGUUCCUACGCAAGGAGGUGUUCUACCCCCGGGAGAACUUCAGCCAUCCCUACUGCCUCAGGCUCCUCUGCCAGCAGAUCCUGCGGGACACCUUUGCCGAGUCCUGCAUCCGGAUCUCCCGGGAUGAGCGACACAAAAUGAAGGACCUGCUGGGAGACUUGGAGGUGGGCCUGGACUCCCUUGACACUGCUGAAGACAGCGUUAAGAAGCGCAUUGUGGUGGCUGCACGGGACAACUGGGCCAACUACUUCUCCCGCAUCUUCCCUGCCUCGGGCGAGAGUGGCAGCGAUGUGCAGCUGCUGGGUGUGUCCCACCGGGGGCUGAGGCUGCUCAAGGUGACCCAAGCCUCCAGCUUCCACCCUGACCAGCUGAAGACACUCUGCUCCUACAGCUUUGCUGAGGUUUUGGGCGUGGAGUGCCGGGGCGGCUCCACCCUGGAGCUGUCACUGAAGAGUGAGCAGCUGGUGCUGCACACAGCCAGGGCGAGGGCCAUCAAAGCCCUGGUGGAGCUGUUCCUGAGUGAGCUCCAGAAGGACUCUGGCUAUGUGGUUGCGCUGCGCAGCUAUGUCACAGAUGACUGCAGCCUCCUCAGCUUCCACCGCGGCGACCUCAUCAAGUUGUUGCCAGGGGCCACGCUGGAGCCAGGCUGGCAGUUUGGCUCUGCCGGGGGCCGUUCCGGACUCUUUCCUGCUGACAUAGUGCAGCCAGCUGCUGCUCCCGACUUUUCCUUCUCCCUGGAGCAGAGGAACAACAGGCACAAGAGGCAGCUGCAGCUUGGGGAGCCAGGGCUGGCUCAGUGGGACAAGGCCUCAGAGGUGAGGACGGGAGAGGCAGGGGCAAGGUGUCCCUAGGCAUCGAGGAAGGAGCGCAUGAUUGCCCCAGGGCUGCUGGGCACCGGGACUGCUCUACUGCCACCUCCU